GGGAGAGAGGGGGGAAGCUAGCCUAGCUGCCAGCCAGAUAAACACUGAGCGGUGGCUUGCGGACUAACAGCAGGAACAUGGCGGCACAGUUAGCCAGCGCUAAUGUAGUUCCACCGCCGCCUUCGCGAAGGUCAGCUCAGCCCGUGACGUGUGGACUCUAACUCCGAGGAGGACAACUUGAGUAUUAACACCGUGCAGAUGUGGACGAUGCUUAGAGCUUUCCUGAUGUUGCAGUCUUGCAGCGAUGGCCCGAGGGACUCUGCGCACUGAAACCAAGGCCUCGUGUCGAACCAUCUGCCUCAAGAGGCUGACUAUGCAUUGAGGAUGAGCGGCGUCGGUGAAAACUCGUCCGACCCUGCCAGGGCAGAGUCGUGGAAACGUAAAGAAUGUUCUGCUGAACUUCUUGGACCCAGUCCCAAGCGGAGCAACGAGAAACGCAACCGCGAGCACGAGAACAAGUACAUCGAGGAGCUCGCCGAGUUGAUCUUCGCCAACUUCAACGACAUCGACAACUUCAAUGUCAAGCCCGACAAAUGUGCCAUACUGAAGGAGACUGUGAAGCAGAUCAGGCAAAUAAAGGAGCAAGCAGAGAAACCGGCCACCGCCAACGAGGAGGAGGUGCAGAAGGCCGACGUGUCGUCGACAGGCCAGAGUGUGAUUGACAAAGAUGCCUUGGGACCCAUGAUGCUGGAAGCCCUGGACGGCUUCUUUUUCGUGGUGAACAUGGAGGGCAACAUCGUGUUCGUGUCUGAGAACGUGACGCAGUACCUGCACUACAACCAGGAGGAGCUGAUGAACACCAGCGUCUACAGCGUGCUGCACGUCGGUGACCAUGCCGAGUUCAUCAAGAACCUGCUGCCCAAAUCCCUCGUGAACGGCGUGCCGUGGUCCAGCGAGGGUCCGAGGCGCAACAGCCACACCUUCAACUGCCGAAUGCUGGUAAACCCACAUAGCGAGAGCCUGGAGCAGGCGCACGAGCACGAGCCGCAGCAGCAGCAGAAAUACGAGACCAUGCAGUGCUUCGCCGUGUCGGAGCCCAAGUCCAUCAAGGAGGAAGGAGAUGACUUCCAGUCGUGCCUGAUCUGUGUGGCUCGCAGGGUCCCCAUGAAGGAGAGGCCGAUGAUGCCCACGCACGAGAGCUUCACCACACGCCAAGACCUCCAAGGCAAGAUAACCUCCCUGGAUACCAGCCUGCUGCGGGCCUCCAUGAAGCCGGGCUGGGAGGAUCUGGUGCGUCGUUGCAUCCAACGUUUUCACCUGCAAAACGAUGGCGAGAUGUCCUUCGCCAAACGGCAUCAGCAAGAAGUGCUUCGCCAUGGCCAGGCGUUCAGCCCCAUCUAUCGCUUCUCCCUCUCGGAUGGAACCAUUGUGUCGGCCCACACCAAGAGCAAACUGGUGCGCUCCCACGCCACCAAUGAACCCCAGCUUUACAUGUCCCUGCAUGUUCUCCAGAGGGAGCAGACUGUGUGCGGCAUGGGCCAGGACAUGGGUCCUGGCGCCCAGGCCACAGGCAUGGCUCCCAAGCCCAUGAACUCCUCCACCCCCUGCAUGACUCCUCCAACCCCGGGCAGCUUGCCAGGCGCAGGACCUCAGGGCCAAGACAUCAGCAACAGCACGCCUUUCUCCCCUCCGGGCCCAGCUGGCCCCAGAGAGCCGGCAGCCAUGGGGGGCCACAUGCAGGGCUACCGCUACGGCUGCCCCCCGCCGCACAGUCACGUGGGGGGGAUGCAGCCGCCACAGCAGGGCCAGAACUGGAGAAUGAACAGUCCCUCCCGUGCCAGCCCCAGUCCGGUUGGCGGCCCCCAUCCGCCUCAGCAGAACUGCAUGAUCUCCCCCAGGCAUCGCGGCAGCCCUGGGGGGGCGGCCAGCCCACGUGUCGGCAUCCACUCUCCCUCCCCGGUGGGGAUAGGUGGUGGCGCGGCUAGCAGCCAUGGCAACAGCUACACGAGCAGUUCUCUGUCAGCCCUACAGGCCCUAAGCGAGUGUCACGGAGUCGGUCACGGACACACGCUGGGGUCUCCAGAUCGGAGAAUCGGCUCCCCGGCAAGCGUCCCGCCGGGAUCGGGGGCUAAUCUCAUGUCGAGACCGGGUGCCGCGGACUCUUUUGAAGCGGGGCAGGGUGGACACACGCCGGGUCCGACGGAAAGCAACCUGGCCGACCCAAAAGACGAGCGUGAGGAUGACACACACACUCGUCUUCACGACAGCAAGGGCCACACCAAACUGCUGCAACUGCUCACCACCAAACCUGAGCCUCUGGAGACACCCCUGUCCCCCAACGCAGGGACAGAAGGAAAAGACGGGACCGGGGUCCGUGGUGGCCUCUCCGGAGUGACUACACAUGCCACAUCCCUCAAGGAGAAACACAAGAUCCUCCACCAGCUGCUCCAGAACAGCACGUCUCCCGGGGACCUGGCCAAGCUCACCGCGGAGGCCACCGGUAAGGAGCUGGGCCAGGAGCAAGGCCAGGGUGCUUCUGGGGGAGAUGGUACCCCCAAGCAGGAGCCCAUGAGUCCUAAGAAGAAGGACAACGCUCUGCUCCGCUACCUACUGGACAAGGACGAUGGCGGGCUGAAGGACAAGACACCCAAGCUAGAGCCCGGGGAGGUGAAAGUGGAAGGGGGAAAACACCCACUUGUCAAAACGGAGAAACCAGACGUUGGGUACGAUCAAGCUGAACAGUCGUCUGAGCUGGACGACAUCUUGAACGACCUGCAGAAUGCCCAGCCACAGCUGUUUAGCGAGCCGCGGCCCGUCUCCCUGCCCAGCCCUAUGGACAAGCAAAACAUCAUCAACGACAUCCUGCAGAUGUCAGAGAACAGCCCGGCCGCAGUAGCGCAGCAUCCACAACACAAGAACGUUACCAGUGGCAUGGGUCCGAACAAUUUCGGGGGCAUGCGGCCGGGCCCGCUGGGCAGGGGCGUGCCGGCGAGGAGUGUGUCGCUGGAGAUGAGCGCGUCACCGCAGUACCCCAUGAGGACCGCCAGCCCGUACACACUAGUUCAACAACAGCAACAACAACAGCAGCAAGGCAUGGUGGGAGGGCACGGCAUGAUGGCGAGCCAGGCCAACAUGGUCGUCCCAGGACUCGUGGGUCCAGGCGCGCCUCGGCCGGGUAUGCAGCAGCAGCAGGAAGGCUGGGCGUGCUCAGCCUCGGCUCCCCAGCUGGCACAGGGUAGGAUGGGCCACAGCGGCGCUCCCAUGAGGCCAGGCGGGCAGCCAGGGCCUCGGCAAAUGCUCCAAACCUCCAUGAUGCCCAACGCCCAACCUGACAUGGACAUCAGUAUGGUCGGCCACUUCUCACAGCAGCAGCAGGCGCCGCCCAAUCAGACAGCGCCAUGGCCGGACAGCAUGAUGCCCAUUGAGCAGACGGCUUUCGUCAACCAGAACAGGUCGCUGCACCAGACUCCUCACGAGGACUUGUUGUGUAGCAUGGGCCUCGGUGGGGGCGAAGCGGGGCCGGUGGACGAGGGGGCCCUCAUGUCUCAGCUGUAUACGGCACUGAAGGAUUUCGACGGCCUGGAGGAGCUGGACCGGGCGCUCGGCAUCCCUGCUCUGAUAGAACGGGUAAACUCUGAGGUUUCCAUACCUUUUCCACGACCCUUUCAGAACCAGACGCUAGACCAGGACCAGUUCCCGCAGGACCCAUCCUCUAUGAUGCUGGAGCAGAAGCCCCCCAUGUACGCCCAGCAGCAGUUUGGCCCGCCUCAGUCCCACAUGGCGCAGAGGGGCUACCCUGGCGCGCCCAUGCAAGAGCCGGGCUUCCACCCCAUGGCAGGCCAAAUGGCUCCGCGUCCCGGUUACCCGAUGAUAAGGAUGCCGGCCCGGGCGGGACUAAGGCCCAGCGGAGUGGUCCCCAACCAGCCCAACACGCUUCGGCUACAGCUGCAGCACCGGCUACAGUCGCAGCAGAACCGACAGCCAAUGAUGACUCCGAUGAGUAGCGUGUCAAAUGUGAACCUACCUCUAAGAUCCAAUGCUCCCAAUCAGGGGACCAUCAACGCCCAGAUGCUGGCGCAGCGUCAGCGCGAGCUGUUGAGCAACCACCUGCGACAACGGCAGCAACAGCAGCAGCAGGUCCAGCAGCAGCAGCAGAGGAGCAUGGCCAUGCGGGCGCAGGGCCUCAACCUGCCGCCCAACAUGAGUAACCCGCGGAUCCCCCAGGCCAACCCCCAGCAGUUCCCCUACCCGCCCAGCUACGGUACCGGUACAGGCCUGGCCUCGCCACCUCCCCCUAGCAGCCCCUUCUCCUCCUCCUCGCCUCUCUCCUCCCCCAGCCUGCCGUCUCUCCCCGCCAACCCCCAGCUACACUUGCAUGGCACCUCCUCCUCUUCCUCUUCCACCUCCUCCUCCUCCCAGCAGAUGAUGAUGGGAAACACAAACAUGAUGGGCGGACAGUACGGGGCGGUACUCAGCCCCCAAAUGCAGCACAGUGCCUUUCAGUUUCCCAACUCAGCAGGUAUGAGCCAGCAAGCAGAGGGUGGCUUCGGGGGUCCUGGUGCGCCGCCCAGCCCCCUCCUAUCCCCGCGGGUGGCGCAUGCCCAGCAAUCUCCCAUGAUGCAGCAGGGCCCGGGCGGCACCCCUUUCCAGGGCUCGCCCGACAUAAACGGGUGGACGCAGGGCAACGUGGCAGGGAGCAGUAUGUUCUCACAGCAGCAGGCCUCACCUCAGUUCACCCAGCAGCAGCAGCAGAAUAACGGCAGCAUGUACAACGGCGUCACCGGACUGGGCCAGAUGGGCGUCACGUCCAUCUCCUCGCCCGGCUUACCCUCCAUGGGACAAGAGCAGAAAUACUGUUGACUCGUACUGAGUUGGACCUCAGCUGGAUCAAUUUAAGGAAAGAAAAAAAAAAGUGUACAAACAUGUAAGCAACCCACAGCCCUCCAAGAUUAAAAAAUACAGCCAAGCUUCUGUCUGCAUUCACCGUCGUGUGACUUACUGAAGGCCCCCGGGUACUAGGCGGGACCCCCCUCCACAAUCCCCUUUUUUCCCUGAUGAAUGUAUUCCUCUCAGCGGACUGCGGCUAUUUACAAUCUCAUCUCAAAUAUUUAAGAAAGAAGAAAAAAAACAGACUGUCUUGGCGGUUUCUACCAGAAAAACUUUAGCCGCGUUUGCCUUUUUUAAGCUGUUCCUUAUUGUAUGACGCCGAUUAUUAAUAUUAUCCGGGGGGGGAGGGGUGGGGGGGGGCGUCAAGAAGAUGAAGUAGUGGGAAACACUGCAGAAGAAGAAUGAUUUGAGGUUUAUAUAGUGUAUUAAAUUAAGUUUUAUUUUUCUGUAUAGAUUCCUUUUUAAUAAGAAUAAUUCCUGUAGAUGGCUUUAUCCUCGUAGCAUCCGAGACUUAAGACUAUUCUUUGAAGAAGAAAAAAUGUCCAAAUUGAAUGACUUGUACAUACCGAUGAGUAAUACCGUUAAUUUUCUAUUUAUUAGAUUUUUUUUUUUGUUUUUGUUUUUUUUUUGUUGUUUUUUUUUGGGCCCCACCCUGCUUGCUCACCGUUUUUCUUCAUGUUCACCGCAACCGGUACGAAGCAGAGCAGGGUGAGGCCGCGGUGUAUACAGUGUACAGAUGAUAUCGCUUAUUGCUUCUCUUGCCUUUAGCGUAGACCACCACCACACAAGACAAGUGGAGUCAACACAGCCAUACAAUAACUUUGAAUUUUUAAAGAAAAUGUGCUUUCUAUGUUGUCUGGAGUUGGGGGGGAAAAAAAAAAAAACCGCUUCAUGCAGGCUGCUAGGUGCAUUUUGGUGUCAUGUAACUUGAGCAAUAACUUUUUUUUGGGUAAUUUUUGUACAGUUUCCUAAUUGAAAGAAAAGGACACCUUUUUUUUGGGCUGCGUGUUUGGAUACAGUAUUAAAACUCACACACGUUUUCAAUUAUGCAGCACUGGCCGAGGCUCUUGACAGACAGACAGACAGCCAUAUUGAAAUGUCCUCAGGCAGGGAUUCACCGAAAAUGGUGCGUGACUCUUUUUUGCGCCUCACUUUUUUAUAUCGGUUAUAUUUCAGGGGUGGGGAACCUGCGAUUCUUAAAACCUUUUAACAUUAACAUUAUUGUAUAUUAACAUUUUAACCACCCCAAAAUGCUCAUAGUGCAUAAUUAACAUUUGGUCCAUUAUCUAUUUUUUAGUCUUAUAAUUUGCCCCCUUCAAGCGAAAUGUAUUCGCCUGUGCCUUUCACACGGAACCCUGCCACAUCCCGCAAUCAGAAGUGAAAUGACGUCAGUGUCCGGUGUGACAACUGCUAUCAACGCAGCAGACCGGGAGAAGUGAGUGCAGGUCCGUUUUUUUCCUCCACUUUUCCUCCUCACGGAGCCGCUAUCCCAAUUUCCCAUUAUGUCUCGGUACCUUUUGCACAGAUACAAAUCACAGGGAAAAGCUGGCUUUGAUAGGAAGUGUGAAAAUGGGCUUAAUUAUGCUACUGAUACUACCUCCAAGCCGGGAAAUUCACAAGUCGACUUUGACCUGCCGCCGUUCCAUGUUGGUACCUUUCACACACGCACACAAAAAUCGGUUUUGGUGGAAGUUUGAAAUGAGUGUACAUUGAUCCCUUGUUCAUCACGGGAGUUAUUUGUCAGAUGAGCGAAAUUUUGCGGUAUAGCAAGUAUAAGUAGUGAAAAAUCCAUAUUAAAAGCCUUAAAAUACCCCACCUACACACUUAAAACAUUCAAACUUUACACCUUAUAAAUGCUAGCAUAAAAUGUAUAGAAAAUACUGUAUGUACAGUCAAUAUAAAAAGUCUACACACCCUUGUUCAAAUGCCAGGUGUUUGUGUUGUACAACAAAUGACAAAGAUUGAAUCAAUUUUAACACAUUUUCUACCAUCCUUUUGAGAGGGGAAAUAAAAACUGAAAAUGUGGUUGCACAAGUGUGCACGCCCUCUAAAACUGGGGAUGUGGCUGUGUUCAUUAGCCAAUCACAUUCAAACCCAUGUUAAGCUGGAGUCAGCACAGAGCUGCCACCAUUUAAAGUGCCUCUGAUGAACCCCAAAUAAGGUCAGAUUUGUUCUAAUAGGCUUUUCCUGAAAUUUCAGAAGGAUCUCAUUGUUCAAAGGUAUCAGCCAAGAGAAGGAUAUAAAAUAAUUUCAAAGGCUUUAAGUCAUAAAGUGUAGAAAAUAUACCCUGAAAUUGAUUAAAAGAUAAAGAUAAAAUUUGUCAGCUCAGGGGUAGAUGCAGAGAGGGCGGCCACAGUAUAAGGAGCAGUUGCAGGAAUUUCCGGCAAGUACUGGCUGUUUAGUACAUGUGACAACAAUCUGCCAUCUUAAUAUCACAGAUGGAGACCUACCAAAAAGAAAAAGCCAAAGUUGGUGCCAAGGGGUGUGCAUAUUUUUGCAAACACACAAUUGUAUGUAUUUUUAUUUUCCCCCUUGAAAGGUUUCUGUUUGGUUUAGAAUUGAGUUGCACGGAUCGUAGGUCACAUUAAAGGUGGAAAAAGUUUUUAAAUGAUUUAUCUUUUUUUACAUCACAAAACCCUGCCAUUUGAACAGGGCUGGGUAGACUUUUAUCCCGUGUCAUGAUAAAAAUACAAACGUUUGUUCAUAUUUAAGCCUUAAUAUACCCCUACGCCACACAGCAGUCACACAGAAAUAUUAAUUUCAAUGGGGAAGGGAUGAUUUGAGUUUCAAGUGUGUUCAGGGAAUGAAUUAAACUUGUAAGUCAAAGCAUCCUUGUACGUAGUCCAUUCUGUGUGGGAACAUUUCACACAAAACGAAUAGAUUUAUUUUUAUUUUAUUUUCUACAAUUUUAAACUCUUGGAGAACCUUUUUCAAAUUAAAUCUGGUUCCCCACCCUUUUGAUCUAUUGCGACGCUGCAUGGAGAAAAGCCAAAAAUAAUAAUAAUAAUCCUCACCCACCUCAAUUGGAAUUCCCAAUUCUGCUUUUUAAAAUGAUUUGAUUUUGAUUUUGAUUUUUACACCCUUUUAAUAAUAACGAUGAUGUCAGGUCAACAGGGUCCAAUCAGAGACGGUGUUUGUUGAAUGUAUCUUGUAGUGCAUUCGUUCCGUGUUUUUGUGUGCUUUGACUGAAGGGCCUACGACUUAAUUACUAAGUAAUUACCAUCAGACUUUUAUCGACAAACGCUGUUUUUGAUUGAAUCAGAUGAUCCUUCUUGAGCUGUUUUUCAGCGCUUUUCUCCCAGCCCGUUGCAAAAUUGUUUUCCAAAGAACGUGUGGAGAAGCCAUGUGCACGUGCAACUAUCACUUUCUUACCCCCAACCCACCCACAAAAAGAAACAACUUUUCCUCCUUGUAAUGCCCUUUUGUAUUGUCUGCCGAUUUCCUAGAGCUACAAAUAAAAUGUCUAAAAGAAAAAAAAAAGAAAAAAACUAAAAUAGCAUAAUGCCUUAGAUCUCGUCCGCUAUGACAUGGCCGUGUGUAUACAUUUGUAUAGUGACUUGUACAAUAAGAAUCGGGUGCGACUUUUUGAUCCACAAGGAAAACGCUAUAAUAUGUUAAAUGUAUUAUAAUAACGGACUUUUUCCCUCUGGAACGCUUGUUUUGUUUUUCCACAGCUGGUGUGUGUGUUGCGUUUUCGCCUGCAUUGUUCACAAAAAUCACACUGUACCCCCAUUGUACCCCGUGUGUGUGUGUGCGCGCGUGCGUGUGUGUGUGUGCGAGCGUUUUAUGCAAAAUGACAUCAAAACACAGGAGAAGUUAAAAACCACAGUUAUGCAAGUUGUGAACUAAUAUGGCUUUGCUGAUGCUAUUUGCCUUGUAAAUAAAGAAUUCUGUUAUUGAGAUUUUC